AUGGCCAGAGGUCACCUGAUCAAUAGAGACUCUGCCCAGCCAGUCCUACUGAUCCUUCUAGGUCUGGUUCAGCUCACACAUGCACAGACACCGCCCAAAUUCAUUAGGACCCCGACAGACCAGAUAGGUGUGCAAGGAGGCGUGGCCUCUUUCAUCUGUCAGGCGACCGGAGACCCUCAGCCCAAAAUUGUCUGGAGCAGAAAGGGCAAGAAAGUCAGCAACCAGAGAUUUGAGGUGAUAGAUUUCGAGGACGGCACGGGCUCGGUGUUGAGGGUUCAGCCGUUGCGAACGCCGCGAGAUGAAGCUGUUUAUGAGUGUGUGGCCUCUAAUGAGGCUGGAGAGAUCAGCGCCUCCACACGCCUCACUGUUCUACGUGAGGACCAGUUGCCGGGAGGCUUUCCCUCUAUAGACAUGGGUCCUCAGCUGAAGGUUGUGGAGAGAUCUCGCACGGCCACCAUGCUGUGUGCUGCCAGCGGCAACCCUGACCCGGAGAUCAGCUGGUUUAAAGACUUCCUGCCCAUCGACACCAGUACCCAGGGCCGCAUCAAGCAGCUACGCUCAGAGUCCUUUGGGGGUACUCCAAUUCGAGGUGCCCUACAGAUAGAUCGGAGUGAAGAAACUGAUCAGGGGAAAUAUGAAUGUGUUGCUACUAACAGUGAAGGAACACGCUAUUCAACACCUGCCAAUCUCUAUGUCAGAGAGCUGAGGGAUGUGCGACGUAUUCCUCCUCGUUUCUCGGUUCCUCCCAUGGACUAUGACAUCAUGCCGGGCGGGAGCGUGAACAUAACGUGCCAGGCGGUGGGCGUGCCCAUGCCGUACGUGAAGUGGAUGCUGGGAGCCGAAGAUUUGACCCCCGAGGAUGACAUGCCUAUCGGGAAGAACGUUCUAGAACUCACGGACGUCCGCCAGUCUGCCAACUACACCUGCGUUGCCAUGUCUACCUUAGGAGUCAUAGAAACGGUGGCCCAGAUCACAGUCAAAGCCCUGCCCCACCCUCCUGGAGCUCCAGUGAUCAUGGAGCGUUCAGCCACCAGUAUAACGCUGAUGUGGGACAGUGGGAAUCCUUUGCCCGUGUCCUACUAUGUCAUCCAGUAUCGGCCUGCCUCCUCCCGGGAUCCCUUCAAAGAGAUUGACGGCGUGGCGACCACUCGUUACAGUGUGGGUGGGCUCAGCCCAUAUUCGCACUACCACUUCAGGGUCAUGGCGGUGAACUCCAUUGGCCGAGGACCCCCCAGCCAAACAGUGGAGGCUCGGACUGCAGAGCAAGCGCCAAGCUCCGCCCCCAGGAGGGUCCGUGGACGUAUGCUGAGCGUCUCCACGGCGAUGGUGCACUGGGAGGAGCCAGAGGAGCCAAAUGGGCAGGUGGUUGGUUACAGGGUGUAUUACACGGCUGAGCCCUCGCUGUCUGUCAACCAAUGGCAUAAAGAGAUGGUGCGCGGUGCAAACUUUCUGACCAUCCAGAAUCUCACACCUGAUAAGACUUAUCACAUCAGAGUGCUGGCCUUUACCGCUGUGGGAGACGGCCCCCUCUCUCACGAUCUACAGAUCAUAGCCAAGACUGGAGUUCCGUCUCAGCCCACUGAACUGAAAGUGGAGGUGAAGUCAGAGACGAGCGUUUUGCUCUCCUGGGUUCCGCCGGCUCAAAGCGGAUCUGACAGUAUCACAGGAUAUGAGCUCAUAUACAGACUCGCAGAUAACCCAGAGGAGCAGAAGAUCACAUUUGAGCCCAAUACCAGUUAUCUCCUGAAGAAUCUGAAACCCUCUUCCACAUACAUCAUCCAGCUGGCUGCCCGCAGUAAACACGGCCUGGGCGCUUUUACCAGCGAAACCACCAUUCAGACUCCUGAAACACUACCCAUAGCCCCUCCACAGGAGGUGACAUGCACAAGCCCCUCCUCCACCAGCCUGUUAGUAAGUUGGGCUGCCCCGCCUCCGGGGGCAAAGAAUGACAUCUUAACUGGAUACUCCAUCCAGUACACUGCUGUGGAGCUGGAUGGCGCCAAGACCGAGCACAUUGAUCGAAUCCCACCAGACUGUUUCCGAUACCGGAUGGAAGGCCUGAGGAAGUGGACUCUUUAUUCCCUGACGGUGGCUGCCCACACAAAGGCUGGCCUUGAAGCACAAAGUCUGCCUGUGCUGGUCCGCACGGAAGAAGACGUUCCGAGUGCCCCUCCUCUCAGCGUUGAGGUGGUGGCGGUGAACUCCUCCACCAUUAGUGUGACGUGGCAGCCUCCUGUUGCUGAGCGACGGCACGGAAAGAUCCGGGGUUACCAGGUGACGUACAUCAGACGAUUUUCGGGGCAGCGUAUGGGGUCCCCCAACAUCAAAGAGCUACUUUUAAGGGACUCACAGGGGCAGAAUGAUUCAGCUGUCUAUGAGCUUUUGAUCUCUGAUUUGUGGCCGGGAACUGAGUAUUCGGUGUUUGUGGCUGCAUUCACCUCAAAGGGUGAUGGAGCUCGAAGCAAACCUACAGUUGUCAGAACUACACCAGCCUUGCCUGGGGUGCCCAGAUUGACUGUCAGCUCUCCCGCUGUCGGCGCCGCCCUGUUAACUUGGCAGCCCCCUCCCUCUGCCCUUUCUCCUCUCCUCGGCUACCGGCUGGCUUACGGGCGUUCUGACCUCCUCCCAACUGCUCCUCUCACUGAGCUGCAGCUGCAGCCAUCUCAGUCUAACCACACCGUCUCAGGCCUGAGGGGAGGAGAGGCUUACGUUUUCCGUUUGGCCGCUCGCACCGCGGGCGGUUACGGAGAAUACGCAGAGGCGCAGCUGCGCACCCCGGAGGCCCCGCCAACUGGCUUCCCCCCAAACCUGACCGCGGUCUCCGGGAACUCGAGCUCGGUGUGGCUCGUCUGGGACGGCGUGCCGGAGGAGGAGAGGAACGGCCGUAUAAUCGCGUACCGCGUGCAGUGCAGAGCGGAAGCCUCUAACGGCUCGGCCGUUGCCAUGGAGACGGAGGUCGCCGAGCCGACGGCGACUCUGACCGAGCUGAGCGCGGACACGGCGUAUGUGUUGAGAGUGUGUGCAGUGACUGCCGCAGGCCCUGGGCCCUACAGUCCCUCUGUUCGGUACAGAACGCAAUCAGUGGAGGAAGUUUUUGCAGUGAACUUCCGUGUGAAAGCUGCCAUGAAGAGCUCGGUUCUGCUAACCUGGGAGCCAAAAGACACCAAAUCCCAACCAUUCGCUAUUAUAUAUGGUGACAGUGAGAGUGUGGAAGUUGAUGGUAGGCUCGGUCAGAAGCUGAUUACAAAGCUAAAGCCGCAGUCGCAGUACUCCUUCCUGCUGACCAGUAAGGCUCAGAGCGCUGGAGGCCUGCAGCACCGCGUGACGGCCAUGACGGCUCCAAACCUCAUGCCCAGUAAACCCCUCAUACUGGACAAAGCCAGCUCGCCGGGCACAGUUACACUGCAACUACCAACUGUUCAGGGCAACGCCAAAGUCAGAGGCUAUUACAUGGUGGUGGUGCCACUGAAAAGACAGAGAGGUGGAAAGUUCCUGAAGCCCUGGGAAGAUCCAGAUGAGAUGAACCUGGAUGAGCUGCUCAGGGAGAUAAACGGAACUGGUCGAGCUGUUCGUGUGCGGAGGCAGGUAGAGCCUAAGGCCUACGUAAGUGCCCACUUCCAGAAUCUUCCAUCAGAAUUCACACUAGGGGAUGGACGCGUGUAUGGAGCGUUCACAAACCGACAGUUCAUCAAUGGGCAAGAGUACAUCUGUUUCGUCUUAGCCAUCCUGGAACUGUCAGAGAAUACGGUGUACUCCACCAGCCCAUUCUCUGACACGGUGGUGUUCUCAGACGUAGAGCCGCAGCCAAUCGUAGAUGAGGAGGAGGGGCUUCUGUGGGUCGUGGGGCCGGUCCUGGCUGUCAUCUUCAUCAUCAGUAUUGUCAUCCUUAUCCUGAUGUAUAAGAGGAAGCGGGCAGAGCUGGAGGGCAGGAAGUGCAGUUUUCCCAGCAGCGGUAAAGCCAUGAGCUCCCAGCAUCCCACUGACCCUGUAGAACUGCGCAGAAUCAACUUCCCAACGCCUGGUAUGGCUAGUCAUCCACCUAUCAGCAUCUCAGAGCUGGCCAGUCACAUAGAGCGGCUGAAAGCCAAUGAAAAUCUCAGAUUUUCCCAGGAGUAUGAGUCUGUUGACCCUGGUCAGCAGUUUACAUGGGAACAAUCAAACCUGGAGGUGAAUAAACCAAAGAAUCGAUAUGCAAAUGUGAUCGCUUAUGACCAUUCAAGAGUGCUGCUCUCCAACAUUGACGGUGUUCCAGGCAGCGACUACAUCAAUGCCAACUUCAUAGAUGGUUUCCGCAGACAGAGUGCCUACAUAGCCACUCAGGGUCCUCUACCGGAGACCUUUAACGACUUCUGGAGGAUGAUCUGGGAACAGCACACAGCUAACAUCAUUAUGAUGACGAAACUGGAGGAGAAGUCACGGAAUAAGUGUGACCAGUACUGGCCGAGCAGAGGGACAGAGAUGUACGGUCAGAUUCAGGUUUCCCUUCUGGACACGGUGGAGCUGGCCACUUACUGUGUCAGGACGUUCGCCCUCUAUAAGAACGGCUCCAGUGAAAAGCGAGAGGUCCGUCAGUUCCAGUUUACUGCCUGGCCAGACCACGGCGUGCCAGAACACCCCACUCCUUUCCUGGCCUUUCUACGACGGGUCAAAGCCUGCAACCCUCCCGACGCUGGACCCAUCGUGGUCCACUGCAGUGCUGGCGUUGGCCGUACUGGCUGCUUUAUCGUGAUCGAUGCCAUGGUGGAGCGGGUGAAGCAGGAGAAGACUGUGGACAUUUACGGUCACGUGACUUUAAUGCGUGCACAGCGUAACUACAUGGUUCAGACAGAGGAGCAGUACAUAUUCAUUUAUGACGCAAUCCUCGAAGCUGUUACCUGCGGCAACACGGAGGUUCCGGCCAGGAACCUGUUCUCCUACAUCCAGAGGCUCAGCCAGACAGAACCUCCAGAGAACAUCAGUGGAAUGGAACAGGAGUUUAAACGUCUGGCCAACGCCAAAGCACACACGUCACGCUUUGUCAGUGCCAACCUGCCCUGUAACAAAUUUAAAAAUCGCCUAGUCAACAUCAUGCCAUACGAGACAACACGCGUCCGCCUACAGCCAAUCAGAGGAGUGGAGGGCUCCGACUACAUCAAUGCCAGCUUCAUAGACGGUUAUAGACAGCAGAGGGCUUACAUUGCGACUCAGGGGCCAUUAACAGAGACUGCGGAAGAUUAUUGGAGGAUGUUAUGGGAGCACAACUCAACCAUCGUAGUUAUGCUCACCAAACUUAGAGAGAUGGGCAGGGAGAAAUGUCAUCAGUACUGGCCCCUGGAGCGGUCAGCACGGUAUCAGUAUUUUGUGGUGGAUCCAAUGGCAGAAUACAACAUGCCUCAAUACAUACUUCGAGAGUUUAAAGUGACGGACGCUAGGGAUGGGCAGUCUCGCACGGUCCGACAAUUCCAGUUCACUGAUUGGCCGGAGCAAGGAGUUCCAAAAUCUGGUGAAGGUUUCAUCGACUUUAUCGGUCAAGUGCACAAAACAAAAGAGCAAUUUGGACAGGAUGGACCAAUAACAGUCCAUUGCAGUGCUGGUGUUGGCCGGACCGGAGUGUUUAUUACUCUCAGUAUUGUCCUGGAGAGGAUGCGUUAUGAAGGUGUAGUAGACAUCUUUCAAACAGUCAAAAUGCUACGCACACAAAGACCAGCCAUGGUGCAGACAGAGGAGCAGUAUCAGUUUUGUUACAGAGCAGCGCUGGAGUAUCUAGGUAGCUUUGAUCACUAUGCAACAUAA